GAUGGUGGCUAUGGUUGGGUUGUUGUGGUUGCGUCGUUCAUGCAUCACAUGAUCUUAGGUGAGAUAUCCUAGUCUGGCCCAAUGUAUGUCUUAGGUGAGAUAUCCUAGUCUGGCCCAAUGUAUGUCUUAGGUGAGAUAUCCUAGUCUGGCCCAAUCUAUGUCUUAGGUGAGAUAUCCUAGUCUGGCCCAAUGUAUGUCUUAGGUGAGAUAUCAUAGUCUGGCCCAAUGUAUGUCUUAGGUGAGAUAUCCUAGUCUGGCCCAAUGUAUAUCUUAGGUGAGAUAUGUUAGUCUCAUCUAUCAUAUUUCUUAGGUGAGAUAUGCUAGUUUCAUCUAGCGUAUGUUUAAGGUGAGAUGUGCUAGUCCUAUCUACUGUAUGUCUUAGGUGAGAUAUGUUAGUCUCAUCUACUUUAUGUGUUGAUGAGAUAUGCUAGUCUCAUCUACUGCAUGCCUUAGGUGAGAAAUGCUAAUCUCAUCUACCAUAUGUCUUAGGUCGAGAUAUGCUAGUCUCAUCUGUCUUAGGUGAGGUAUACUAGUCUCAUCUAUCGUAUGGCUUAACUGAGAUAUGCUAGUCUCAUCUAACGUAUGUGUUAGGUGAGAUAUCCUUGACUUGUCUAUCUAAGCACAACAAUGGCAUAUAUCAAAAUGAAAUGACACAAUUGAUUUAAAUCACGCUCAUGAAAAUAUUAGACUUUUUCUAAUAAUUAUUUGAUAUUCUGAUUUUCAGUUGUUUGUAGAUGUUGGUAACCUUGUCGUUUGAGUGAUCUUAUUUUUAUUAAAAAAAUAUAUUCCUCAGGUGGUUUUGCCAGAAGUGAGGGGUUGUUCUUCCUUCAGUACCAGGAUAGAUUUCAGUCGGGUGCCCAGCUGACCUCAUGGCCAAGUUCUUUGAUGUCCACACUGAAUCUGUUUAUG